AAAAUCAACGCACUCUGUCUCUCUCAACUCCCCCUUCUCUUCUCCAUCUUCUUUCUCUCUCUCUCCUCAAUUUCCUCCGUCGACAUAGGACUACAGCUGCUACUACAACGCGCAACUUUAACUCAUAAACAUUCUCACUACUACUUCAAUCACAUCCACUUUCAAUUUCCAACAGACAUAAACACCAACAGAGGAAUCGCAGAAAUGUCGACCGCAAUAGCAAACAGCAAUGGAUUACCAAAGUGCAACAAAAUCCGCCACAUUGUACGUCUCCGCCAGAUGCUCCGCCGUUGGAGGAGCAAAGCAGCACAACGUCGCAUCCCCUCCGAUGUUCCCGCCGGUCACAUCGCUGUUACCGUUGGCUGCAACUCCCGCCGCUUCGUCGUCCGAGCUAGUUAUCUAAACCAUCCUGUAUUGAGAAAACUACUGGUUCAGGCCGAGGAAGAGUAUGGCUUCACGAACCAGAUCGGACCCCUCUCUAUUCCUUGCGAUGAGAAAGUUUUCGAGGAAAUCAUCCGGUUCUUGAACCGGUCUGACUCCAAUGGCAGGUUCGUUAAUCUUGAGGAUUUCCAACGCUCCUCUUACUGCCACGUUGGCUUCCGAGGGCCCCGCGCUGAUUCACAUCCUCUGCUCGAGAAAUCCGUCUGGUAAAAUGGAACUCUCCCGAAAUCAGCUAAACUCAGUUGACCCGGAAGGAAUCGCCCGAGUUUGACUGGAGGGUUAACCCUCCAUUGCCGGAUGUAACAAGCAAAUUCUUUAUUCUUGCAUCAGACGGUCUACGCGGGUUUUACCAUACAGAUUAUUUUUUAAAAAAAAAUACUUGAAUUAAGUAGAUUUUUUAUUUUUUAUUGGAUUAAAGUGAUUGGGGCGUGGGGAUGACUGAGCUGAGUCAAAUGGACGAUUUCGCCCGAGUUAGAUUGCUUGGUGAUGGCGUAAACUGUGGUAAGUAAGUCUACCACCGAGUCGUCCUGGGUUCCCAUCGGAACGAGUCAGAGUUUGAAUUACUAUGAAGCUCAUCAGAGUGACAGAGGGUUGAAAAGGUGGGCCCAUGAAUUGAGAGGGUCACUUUUGUAAAUUUCAACGAUUAUUAUUCAGAUUUAUUGAAAUUGGAAAGACAUACUCAAUAAUCAAUCAUUCAUUCGUGUUUU